AUGUUGGCUGUCCGGUGCGCCGGCGGCGGCGGCGGCUCCGGUGGCGCCGGCGCCUACCUGACGGCUCAGAGGACAACGGCCGCUCGGAGCGGAGCCUUCAACGGCCGCAGCGCCCUUCUUGCUGCGGGAACGGGGGCCAGGGAGCUGAGCCUUAGGGUUUCCCUCUCGCCCAACUCCCACCCCCACCGCGUCGGCGCUUCAUGCCCGUGGCCAGUGCGUUGCUCCCCCUGUCCUUCUCCUGAUAUGGAGGUGCCGCGUGUCAGUAAGAAGAAGACCAGGAACGAGGAAUGGGAGGCGUUGAAGACGGAGUUCGGACGCAUGUUCCGCCCGCAGCUUCGCAAUCUAGGGGAACUCUUUUCGCUCCGCCGUGUCUACGACAUUGAGGAUUAUCAGCUGGGCAUCCUAUUUGGUGCAUUUCUUGGAUGUGUUGGCUGUUACCAACUUUGGAAGACGGCACCUUCCAUAUUUGUUGAUGCAGUGCUCGCAUUCGUCUUCUACAAGCUCAGUGUUGUAUCUUCAGAGCUACAUAGAAGCCACAAGUCCAACAGCCUGAUUACGCGGCUGAAAUUUGGUACCAUACUUAUCAUGGUUUGGAAGGACAUCAAGAAAAACUAUGUCCUCCUGGAUGUUAUUAGGAUGCCGGUUCUCCUCCUCUACAUCUGUGCAUUCCUGUUCGAUGUUGCUGGCGUGAAGAAGUAUGGAAGGCAAGGCUUGGUCUAUUUUGUUAAUCUGUUGAAAACCAGAGGUGGGAUUCAAGAGAUAUACAGGAUUAUGUGGUUGCCUGGCUAUGUCUCUCCCUAUGACGAUUCUGCAAACUAG